AUUGCUGCUGCGCUCUUGGCUGCGCUUUGCUCUCAAGACUGGUGCUGCCAUCUCUGAUAGGCGCCCGAACCGCGUUUUGCGGAUGCAGGAUGCACGAGCAGCUCACCGUGUCCUUUGUUGAUGGCUGCAUAACCUUCUCAAAACUUUCAGCCGAGUUUGUCUUUCUCGAGAGGUGCUGAAAAGGACGCUGGUUUUGAUGCAUUGAUUGGCAGCUUUGACCGAAAAUUUGGUCUGAAAGUUGAGAAGAGGAAGCUUGCCGUGGUCCAGAGCAGCAGAUCAAGACAGCAGGAUGACCUCCCAGGCGCCACACAGUCGCCGAAAGGUGUGUUAUUAUUACGACAGUGACAUUGGCAACUACUACUAUGGUCAGGGCCAUCCGAUGAAGCCGCACCGCAUGCGGAUGACCCACAACUUGCUCCUCAACUACGGCCUCUACCGCAAGAUGGAAAUCUACCGUCCGUACAAGGCCACUGCUGACGAGAUGACCAAGUUCCAUAGUGACGAGUACAUCCAGUUCCUCCGGUCCAUCCGACCGGACAACAUGUCCGACUACGGCAAGCAGAUGCAGCGUUUCAACGUCGGCGAGGACUGUCCCGUUUUCGACGGACUCUUCGAGUUCUGUCAAUUAUCGGCCGGUGGUUCUGUGGCGGCCGCUGUCAAAAUCAACAAGCAAAGUUCCGACAUUUGCAUCAACUGGGGUGGAGGACUUCACCACGCCAAAAAGUCGGAGGCGUCCGGCUUCUGCUAUGUCAACGACAUUGUGCUGGGCAUUCUCGAGUUGCUCAAGUACCACCAGCGGGUGCUGUACAUUGACAUUGACGUCCAUCAUGGUGACGGAGUUGAGGAGGCCUUUUACACCACAGACAGAGUCAUGUGCGUCUCUUUCCACAAGUAUGGAGAGUACUUCCCUGGAACUGGUGAUCUCAAGGACAUUGGAGCUGGAAAGGGAAAAUAUUACUCUGUUAACAUUCCCUUGCGAGACGGUAUUGACGACGAGAGCUACGAAAGCGUGUUCAAGCCGAUCAUAGCCAAGGUGAUGGAAACCUUCCAGCCAAACGCGGUGGUACUGCAGUGCGGCGCUGACUCUCUCACUGGUGAUCGCCUCGGCUGCUUUAACCUAACCAUCAAGGGCCACGGAAAGUGUGUUGAGUUUGUCAAGAAGUACAACAUCCCCCUUUUGAUGGUAGGCGGGGGUGGAUACACAAUACGCAACGUGUCUCGCUGCUGGACAUUCGAGACAGCCGUCGCCCUCGGAGAAGAGAUUCCUAAUGAGCUUCCCUACACAGACUACUUUGAGUACUUUGGCCCCGACUUCAAGCUGCACAUUAGUCCGUCAAACAUGACCAACCAAAACACCACCGAGUACUUGGACAAGAUCAAGAACCAGUUGUUCGAGAACCUGCGAAUGCUCCCUCACGCCCCAGGUGUCCAAAUGCAGGCCAUCCCUGAGGACGCCAUGCAGGUGGACAAGGAAGAGGAGGAGAACCCUGACGCACGCCAGAGCCAGGGCGACAAGGACAAGCGGAUCACUGCCAACAACGAGUUCUCCGACAGUGAGGACGAGGGCGACCGCAAAGACCAGAAAUCUCACAAGGGCAAGAAGCCGAGGCUGGAAAAGCCAGAGCAGAAGGCCAAAGCUGAGGACAAGCCUCUUGAAGAGACAAAAGACAAUGGUGCAAGCAAUCCAACUGCCGCCGCUCAGUAACAGCAGCAGGUAUUUUAAAGCCAAAAUUAAGACUUUUUAACUUUUUUUUUGGUAAUUGGCCUUCAAAAAUUAUUUAGUGCAAAUUCAAUUCUGACGUGGCUCAAUAAUCGUUGGUGCAUCUGAAAAAUAUUUUCGACAAAGACAGACAAAUCGCGUAAUCACGUGUUUGCAUUUAAAUCAAUUUUCUUCCUCUACGUAUUGUGAAAAAAGACUGUUAUGAAAAAAUACCUACAACCUUCCACUUUUUCUCCACGUAAUUAAAUAAUACUACCAUACAACUCAGUUGCUUUUUGUAAAGAUAUGAUAAAAUAAUCACAAAUCUUUCUUAAUCUUAAUUUUUAUACCGUUGAAGUUCAAUAAAUCAGUGUGACAUGUGAAAAUCUCAGUUUUAUU